AUGAUGAAGUCCUUCUACACCGGUAUUACUGCCAUACUUGUGCUCAGCACCAAGUCACUUGGACUGGAAGAGGAGAAAAAUCUGAAAGGCGACGUAGCUGGUGAUGUAACGGGCGAUGUAACAGGCAAUGUAACAGGCGACGUAGCUGGCGAUGUAACGGGCGAUGUAACUGGCAAUAUAACAGGCGACGUAGCUGGCGAAGUAACGGGCAAUGUAACUGGCAAUGUAACAGGCGACGUACCUGGCGAUGUAACGGGCAAUGUAACAGGCGACGUAGCUGGCGAUGUAACGGGCGAUGUAACUGGCAAUGUAACAGGCGACGUAGCUGGCGAUGUAACUGGCAAUGUAACAGGCGACGUAGCUGGCGAUGUAACGGGCGAUGUAACUGGCAAUGUAACAGGCGACGUAGCUGGCGAUGUAACGGGCGAUGUAACUGGCAAUGUAACAGGCGACGUAGCUGGCGAUGUAACGGGCGAUGUAACUGGCAAUGUAACAGGCGACGUAGCUGGCGAUGUAACGGGCGAUGUAACUGGCAAUGUAACAGGCGACGUAGCUGGCGAUGUAACGGGCAAUGUAACUGACAAUGUAACAGGCGACGUAGCUGGCGAUGUAAUGGGCGAUGUAACUGGCAAUGUAACAGGCGACGUAGCUGGCGAUGUAACGGGCAAUGAAACUGGCAAUGUAGCAGGUGACGUAGCUGGCGAUGUAACUGGCAAUGUAGCAGGUGACGUAGCUGGCGAUAAAACGGGCGAUGUAACUGGCAAUGUAGCAGGUGACGUAGCUGGCGAUGUAACGGGCGAUGUAACUGGCAAUGUAACAGGCGACGUAGCUGGCGAUGUAACGGGCGAUGUAACUGGCAAUGUAGCAGGUGACGUAGCUGGCGAUGUAACUGGCAAUGUAGCAGGUGACGUAGCUGGCGAUGUAACGGGCGAUGUAACUGGCAAUGUAGCAGGUGACGUAGCUGGCGAUGUAACGGGCGAUGUAACUGGCAAUGUAACAGGCGACGUAGCUGGCGAUGUAACGGGCAAUGUAACUGGCAAUGUAGCAGGUGACGUAGCUGGCGAUGUAACUGGCAAUGUAACAGGUGACGUAGCUGGCGAUGUAACGGGCAAUGUAACUGGCAAUGUAGCAGGUGACGUAGCUGGCGAUGUAACUGGCAAUGUAUCAGGUGACGUAGCUGGCGAUGUAACGGGCAAUGUAACUGGCAAUGUAACAGGCGACGUAGCUGGCGAUGUAAUGGGCGAUGUAACUGGCAAUGUAACAGGCGACGUAGCUGGCGAUGUAACGGGCAAUGUAACUGGCAAUGUAGCAGGUGACGUAGCUGGCGAUGUAACUGGCAAUGUAGCAGGUGACGUAGCUGACGAUGUAACGGGCAAUGUAACUGACAAUGUAGCAGGUGACGUAGCUGGCGAUGUAACUGGCAAUGUAGCAGGUGACGUAGCUGACGAUGUAACGGGCAAUGUAACUGACAAUGUAGCAGGUGACGUAGCUGGCGAUGUAACGGGCAAUGUAACUGACAAAGUAGCAGGUGACGUAGCUGGCGAUGUAACGGGCAAUGUAACUGACAAUGUAGCAGGUGACGUAGCUGGCGAUGUAACGGGCGAUGUAACUGACAAUGUAGCAGGUGACGUAGCUGGCGAUGUAACGGGCAAUGUAACUGACAAUGUAGCAGGUGACGUAGCUGGCGAUGUAACGGGCGAUGUAACUGGCAAUGUAGCAGGUGACGUAGCUGACGAUGUAACGGGCGAUGUAACAGGAGAUAUAACAGACGAUGUAACACGGAAUUUAACAGGCGCUGAUGACCUCAUAUGA